AUGCUACAUUCAUUACAUCAAAUGCAACAAUCACUUCAGAUCCAAAUGUUGCACCAAUGUGGAUUGCCAUUGUCUCUUUCUGAAAUGGAACCAUUAAAAAAUUGGAUUAAAAAAACAAGACCAGCAUUAAAAUUACCAUCAAGAAAAAAAAUUUCUACUACAUUACUUGAUGAAGUGUAUCAAGAUACAAAAAAACAUGUAGAAAAAUUUAUUAAUGAUGCUAAGUUUAUUUGUCUUAUUUGUGAUGGAUGGUAA